CCCUAUCGAACUAGUUUCAGAAGCGUCGGUCUCUUCAGCAUCUAAAGCCUACUGUAAUUCACAAAAGACUGUGGUGAAAAGACAUUGAGUACCGAAGAAAAAAACAAGUAACACAAUGGGUGUAUGCGAAAAGUAUACCGUGAAGGGGAUGGUGAAAGCUGGAGCAACAAAAGACCAGGUUAUAAAAUGUCGAAAGUGUAAAGCCUGCUGUUGUUCAUGUUGGAAGAUGUAUUGUAUUUGUCUAUCCCGGGUACCCUGUGCAUCAUUGGUUUCUGGUAUCAUUGUCGGACUUGGAUUCUUUCUGUUCAGCUUUGGUUUGGUGAAAGCUUUUACUUACCUCAACACUUGGUUGAAAAUGGAUGCGUUGGAAAUGGCAGCCACGUUUGCAAUGUACUUUGGAAUACUUAUGGGAACAUUUUCAGGAUUUGGUCUUCUCAUUGGUUGCUUAGCAACUGGUCGUACAAGGUUCAACGUCUGUGGGGCAUGGAAAACGCGUUUUUUUGGACGUUGUUGCAUAAUAUUACUUAUUGGAUGGCAUUAUUUGAUGUGGGUUAUCUGGACAUUCUUGAUUCCAGUAUUUAUCAUACCUGUCAUUUUCAUGGCGAUUUUUUAUGGAGUUUGUGCUAUCAAAAUAACUAAACAACUUGGAAAGACCUGCAUUUUCUUUGAAGAAUACGCUCUUGACGAUGUUUUUGGCGUUAAAGAAGUUUGUGGCAAUGAAUUAAUUGUAUUCUGCAGUGCGAUGAGUAAUGCAACGCCAUAUUUCAUCUUUUGUUUUGUUGGAACAAUCUUUGUCGUUAUUGGCGUGGUGAACAUGAUGCUGACACUGGCAGCAAAUUACGCCCAUAUUAAAGAUCAUCGUACAAGACCAAAGCAAUCUGAAUUAUCGGUAGCGAGAAAAUGUUGCCUGGUUGAAGAUCCUGAGGAAUAUUUCACUAGUGAAGAUGAUGAAGAAGCCAUUGAAGAACUAAUCACAUUGGAAAGCAAGUUGAAGAAACAUAACGAAGGGUUUGAAGUGAAUGGGAAGGGGCGUAUCGAACAUGGUUGGAACUAUAUGAGUCACCAUGCAAGUGAUGAAAAACUCAUCAUUGGAAAGAAAUAUUAAGUAAUUUACACGUUGAUCAUACAUUUAUCGCCGUAAAAUAUGUAUUGACAAUUAUUUUGACCUAGUCCACUACAUUUAUUGGGAGGCUCGAAGUUUCACAUACGCUGUGAAAUCAAUCGUCAUUCUGCCAUUCGUACUAAAAUGUAUAUUGUUUUAUUUGUUUUUCACGUGGGAAUUGCCUGAUUAUCGGUUGAAUUCGAUAAUAAUCCCCAAACUUUUCUAGAUUUAACUUGGUUUGCCCCCGUCGGCAAACGUCCAUGGUUGCACUAAUUAACACCUUGCCCAUUUAGGUUCUGCUUUGUUCACAGUUGAAUUGAAUAUUUGUAAAAAUAUGUUUACUUGACCCUAUUAAAGUUGAUAAUAAUAAUAUUAUAUUAAAAAACUGCAAUUUUUUGUAAAUUUGACCAGUCAAGUUAUGCAUUAUGUAUGGAUUAAGUUUUUGGUAUACAAAGAUCUCACCUUGAGACUCGUUCAAAAUAUUGGCAGGAAUCUCAUUAUCAUAACAAUAUAUAGACAUAUUUGUUGUAUAAUGGUACUAUAGUAUAUUUACUGUACUAUGCGUUUUCAAAUAGUAAUAAAUGCUGUUGUGUAACAUUUUACUCGAAACAAA